GAAAAAAGAGCAUGCAUUAGCAACAGUGUAAACUUUGUAAAGGCAACACAAAGAAGCAAGAGGAUUGGGUGGCCUCGAAUUCCGCACGCGGCACUUUGAUCCAUUUAGUGGGAAUCCAAUUACACUCUGGACUGAGCAUGCUUAACGGGGACGUCAUGUACUUGAAAUUAACACAAAUAAAAAAUAAAAAAAAAAUCAUUUAAUCCAUAUCCUUAAAUAGGACACUAUUACACACUCCACUUUCUCAUCACACUUCCAUUGACCACCAUGGAUGUCGAGAAAGUUUUCCACAUGAAAGGAGGUCUUGGAGAUGCAAGCUAUGCUAAAAAUUCUUCUCUUCAGAAAAAGACAGCUGAGAGAGUGAAACACAUAACAGUAGAGAACAUGGAGCAAAUGUAUCUAGGAAUAAAGCCCAAAAGCUUGGGCAUAGCGGACUUGGGCUGUUCUUCGGGCCCAAACACGUUAUCAAUUGUUAAACAGCUGGUGGAUGCCGUCCAAAAUGCGUGUCGAGUGAAUACGGAGCUACCCGAUGAAUUCCGAGUUUACCUAAACGAUCUACCAACGAAUGAUUUCAACACGGUAUUUCGUGCUCUGCCCGAUUUGUAUCGAGAGAUCAAGAUUGGGCCUAAAAGUGAGGCCCGGCCCAAUAUCUUCAUAGCUGGUUAUCCUGGAACAUUUUACGGCAGGCUCUUUCCAGACCACUGCUUGCACUUUGUUUAUUCAGCAAACAGCCUUCACUGGCUUUCAAGGGUUCCACCUGGUAUUUAUGAUGACGAGGGUAUAUCAAUAAACAAAAAGAGCAUAUACAUAACAGAGAGGAGUCCGGGUCGGGUCGGGGAAGCAUAUCUGAAGCAGUUUCAAAAGGAUUUUUUUUUAUUUCUAAAAUCACGAUCCCAGGAGGUGGUGUCGGGCGGCCGAAUGGUGCUUAUUUUUCUGGCGAGGAGUGGGCCCGGACACGUGGACAGGGGCAACUCUUUCUUUUGGGAACUUCUAUACCAAUCUUUCGCCACUCUCGUUAACCAGGGUUUGGUUGAGCAGGAGAAAGUAGACAGUUAUGACGUACACUUUUACGCGCCAUCAAAAGAAGAGAUAGAGGAUGAGGUGAGAAAGGAAGGGUCCUUUAGAGUUGACCGUGCUGACGUGUUCGAAAUGGAUAAGGAUUUUGGGGACUACCCGAGUUAUGGCGUGGCCGUGGCCAGAGCCGUUAGAUCCGUUCAAGAAUCGUUGAUCGUGCAUCACUUUGGAGAGGCCAUAGUUGACAAGUUGCUCGAGAUUUACGCAAGAUUGAUUGAUCAAGAAUUGGCAAAACAAGAUAUUAAUUUCCUCACGGCCCUCCUUGUUCUCACCAAGCUAUGACUCACUAUAUGAUCUAUCCAUGGAGUUGUUUAGGUUUAACAUCUUGCAACAUAAUUUGAAAUAAAUUGACGUUGUUUGAACUAAUUACUUGGGAUAGGGCUGCGAUUUUUUCUUUUUUCUUUUUUUU